AUGUUCGCGCCGCGCGCGAGCGCCGCGGCCGCGCGAGCGCCGCCGAUAAAAACGAAGCUGGCGGAGCGGCGCUCGCUGAAAGGAGGCCGCGGAUGCCGAGCGCGCGCGAACGCGGCGUCCUCCGGCGCGACCCCCCCCCGUCGCGCGCCGCACCACCGCGGCGCCGGCUUCGGCGCGGGCGCGAAGAAAAACUUCCAGGACGCCGCGGCGAACGCGAUCGCGUCGCCGGCGGUGGAGGAGGCGGUCGCCGACGCCGACGCCGCGCCGUCGACGCCCUGCGCCGAGGCCGCCGCCGCCCCGUGCGAGAUUCCCACCGCGCCGGCGGACCUCGCGAACUCGCUCGUGGCGCUCCCGAACGGCUCGCGCGUCACCGCGUGGUGGUUGAAAGAGCCGAACCCGCCGAACGUGCAUCACGUCGCGUCGAACGAGGACUUCCUAUCGCGCUUGAAGGACGCCGCGCGCGGAGGGAUAAGCUUAAGGAGGGGCGCGGGGGGAUCGGCUUCGGAAUCGGACGCCUCCCGCGUCUCCUCCUCCUCCUCCUCCUCCUCCUCCUCCUCCUCCUCGAGCGUCGUCGUCGUCGAGUACUUCGCGGGGUGGUGCGGCGGGUGCCGAAGCUUACACCCGAAGCUCAACAAGAUGGCGCGCGACGAGCACCCGGACGUGACGUUCCUGAGGGUGAGAAUGGAGGAGCUCCCGGAGCUGUGCGACGCGAUGGGAGUGCGUAAGCUUCCGACGGUGCACGUCUUCGCGGGGGAGGCGGGCGAUCGGAUCGCGUCGUUCACGGUGAACUUGACCGCGAAGAGCAUGGCGCGGUUCCGCAGGGAGCUGGAGCGCGCGAAAGAGGCGAGCGCGAACGAGGUCGCGCGCGGCGGGGGGGGGGAAGUCGUCGGCGUCGGCGGCAGCGUCGACGACGCGUGAAAAGGAGAGAAUAGACUACUACGAAGGUAUCUUAGCUAGUAGAGAGAUUGUAUCCCAUAGAAAGGAUUCGAACGGA